AUGAGUGAUCAACCGAGUUGCUCUUAUUAUCAGGUAUUUUAGUAACUAUUUUAAAAAUAAAACAAAUUUUCGCAUUUUUUAGGUUUCUAAACGUCAAAAAUAUGAUAAGGAAACGAUGCAAGUAGAGGAGUAUGUUAUGACACAUUUGAUAGAUGAUAAGUGUGCAGAUCUCUACCGGAAUCGUCGUUUUAAUAAGCCAAAAUAUUUUUAUUCUCACAGUCAAAAAGAAGAAAUGUCUGAAAGUGAAAAACGAAGAAAUGCUAUGGAAAAAUUGACUUGUAAAUGGUUUGCAAAAUAUGGAAUACCGUAUGAAGCUGCGAAUGAUGAAUUAUUCAAGAAAAUGUUGCAUAAUUUGGAUGAGUUCUAUAAACCACCAACAUCGUCAUCGAUUGAAACGAGAGUUCGAACAGUGGCUGUUACGAUUAAAGUAAUUUCUGAUUGUCUUAACAUUUUACAAAAGGUUUUUUGCAGACAAAUAGACGAGAUUUGGAAAACACGACUCAGCCAAUUUUUGUUACUGUAAAUCCAAUUGAAUACGAGAAUUUUGUUUAUUUGGCAUUUUCUUUGCAUUAUAUUCUUGAUAAUGGAAUUCGGAAAACCUCUCACACCUGA